GACAGCAGUAUUGCGCGGUUUUGUCUGUACAUGUUCUUCUCACUUGUAAACUGAAACUAACGAUGAAGGAUAUUUUGUCCAAAAUAAAAAACAUAACGGCAAAGAAAAAGAAGACUCCUAUCGCUCAAAGUGAGCUUCAGAGUUUCGGUUUGAAAGGGAUCCAGCUGAGGGAGUACCAGUUGGACGGAGUGCAGUGGCUCUCUCAGUGUCUCCAGAACCAGCAGGGAUGUAUCCUGGGAGACGAAAUGGGUCUGGGCAAAACCUGCCAGACCAUCUCUCUACUAAUCCACGCAUCUGGUGCUCAUGGAGUGAAAGGUCCUUUCCUAGUCUUGAGUCCGCUCUCUGUGCUGGAGAACUGGAGGAAGGAGCUGGAAUGCAUCGCACCAUCUCUGACCGCACUGUGCUACAAAGGGGAUGCCGACAGACGGGCAGAGAUCCAGGAGGAAGCAAAGGCACAAGACUUCCAUGUUUUGCUGACCACUUAUGAGUUGUGUCUCAGAGAUGCUUCUUUCUUGAGACGGUGGAAGUGGAAGAUUCUGAUUGUGGACGAAGCUCAUCGCCUGAAGAAUCAAGAGUCUCUGCUGCACCAAACCCUGACAAAUUUUUCAGUUGACUUCCGAGUUCUGCUGACAGGAACCCCCAUCCAGAACAACCUGAAGGAGCUCUACUCUCUUUUGAGCUUCAUUCAGCCCAGCGUCUUUGACCCUGACGAAGUUGAAGAAUUUGUUGAGGCUUACUCCAAUGUACAGAAACAACCAACUCUUGCUGCUGAACUCCAAACUAUCCUGGAGCCCUUCUUGCUCAGACGUGUCAAGUCUGAAGUGGCUCUCGAUCUCCCCAAAAAGAUGGAGCUGGUGGUUUACCACGGCAUGUCGGCCUUGCAGAAGAAAUACUACAAAGCGAUAUUGAUGAAGGAUCUUGAGGCUUUCGGCGGAGACGGCAAUAAAACCCGUCUGCUGAACAUACUGAUGCAGCUGAGGAAGUGCGUCGAUCACCCGUACCUGUUCGAUGGGGUGGAGCCAGAGCCUUUCGAGAUGGGGGAGCAUCUGAUCGACGCAAGUGGAAAACUUUGUCUUUUAGACAGCAUGCUGAGCUACCUGCAGGAGGGGGGUCAUCGAGUACUCUUGUUCUCUCAGUUGACCAGAAUGUUGGACAUUCUUCAGGAUUACAUGGAGUAUAGAGGUUACAGCUAUGAACGUCUAGAUGGAUCGGUGCGAGGAGAAGAACGGAAUCUCGCUGUUAAGAACUUCAGCAGCAAGGACAUUUUUGUCUUUCUUCUUAGCACAAAAGCAGGUGGAGUUGGUAUGAACCUCACUGCUGCCGACACUGUCAUUUUCGUGGACAGUGACUUCAAUCCUCAGAAUGACCUGCAAGCUGCUGCACGCGCUCAUCGGAUUGGUCAGAACAGGCCCGUGAAGGUGAUAAGGCUUCUGGCCAGAGACACGGUAGAGGAAGUGAUGUACUCUCGCGCAACGUCCAAGUUGCGUCUCACAAACACAGUGAUAGAAGAGGGAAGAUUCUCGCUGCUGGAUCAGGACCAGUCAGCCCCGGGAGGACUACAGCUCAGUGAGAUCCUGAAGUUUGGUGUGGACAAGCUCCUGUCGUCUGAUGAAAGUUCUGUUCAGAACCUAGAACUGGAUAAGAUCCUUGGAUCAUCACGGAACGGACAGUGGGAAGACGAGGAAGCAGCUGUCGGAGAGGAAGACGAGAGUGACGCCGAAUCUGAAGAGCAAAACCACAUGUACUACUUUGAGGGGAAGGACUACAGCAAGGCUACCAGCUCUGAGGACCAGGAGAGAUUCCAGAGUCUUCUGGAGGCACAGAAAGCUGAGUUUGAGAAAGCAGCUGUAGAGGGCCGAGCGCUACGAAAUAAAACAGAGGUCUCACUGUCGGCAGCUCUCGGGAUUCCCACCAGGAAGCGGAAACCACUGACGGAGGCCGAGCUGGAGCUGAGGAGGCAGAGGAGGGAGGAGGCUGCAGCCAAGAGAGCCAAACUUCAGGAGGACUUGAAAAAGAGGCAACAGGAGCAGAAAUAUCUGAAAAAAAUGAAAUGGUGGGAAUCAUGUGGCUACAAGUCGCUCUGCCUGAAAGCUCCUGACAGCGAGGAAGAGGAGGAAGAUGAUGAUGAUGAGGGGAGUGUGUCUUCCACUGAUGAGGAGAGCACUGCCAUCAACUACGUUCUGGGUGAUGUCACUCAUCCUCACGCUGCACAUGGAGAUGCCAUCAUUGUGCACUGUGUUGAUGACUCAGGCUGGUGGGGCAGAGGCGGUUUGUUCACGGCGCUGGAGGUGAGAUCAGAUGAACCACGGAAGCGAUAUGAAAUGGCUGGCAAGAUGAAAGAUCUGGAGCUUGGAAACGUACUGCUGUUUCCCAUCGAUGACAAGCAGUCCCGGGUAGAUGGACAAGAUCAGCUGGCCCUUAUCGUGGCACAGCAGAGAGACAAAGCCAACAAGCUGUCGGGGAUCCUCCUCACCGCCCUCGACGAGGGACUGAAGAAGAUUUACACAGCUGCCAGAAGAAAGAAGGCCAGUGUUCAUCUCCCGCGCAUCGGUCACUCCACGAAAGGCUUCAACUGGUAUGGCACGGAGCGGCUCAUCCGGAAGCACCUGGCCUCUCGGGGAAUUCAAACCUUCGUAUACUAUCACAGUCGCUCUGCCAAACACACAGCUGCUGCUCCCUCCCCCCCACCGCAGACCAGCAGCAGACAACCUGAAGCAGGAACCUCUUCUCUGCAGACCCUCCACGAGCUCCCCAGUUUCAUGGCAGGAGUUUGUGUGUUUUUCUUCAACCUGUCGCUGUCAGAGAGGAAGAGGCUGUCACGCUACCUCAUCACCUAUGACGGAGAUGAAGAGGAGGUCAUGAGCACUGCUGUCACCCACAUCGUUGCUGAGGUUGAAAGCAAAGUCCAUUCUCAGGAGCUGCAAGAUCUUCUGAGUCAGUAUCCUCAGGCUGUGGUUGUGCAGAAAGGCUGGCUGGACUCUUGCUUCUCCAAACAGCAGAAAGUCAACACAGCUGCCUUCCAACAUCUGCUGGAAUAACACUCACCUACACUUGAGUAUCUCCUGCUGCGGGUUUCUAUGGUGCCUUUUAGAAAUGAUUCAUGAACUCUGACUGAUUUUGAGUUCCGGUCUUUGAUCACAUGAACUAUAAUCCUACUGUGGCCACAGCCACAUACUGCUCCAGUAUCCCUCCCAAAUGUCACACAAGGAGGCCAUGUUCUCCUCUAAAAAUGGCCUCUUCAGAACUAUUAUUCAUAAGUCAGUGUCUUAAUGGACCUUGAUCCAAUACGAUUUUAUGCUAUUAUCAAUGGCUGAUUCUUGUGUCAAUAAAACCACCU